AUGACGCCAAACAGUGUAACUACAAUUUUGAAAGAAUCUAAAUUAAUUUACGAUGAUUUCGUGUAUGUGCUGGCUAAAAUGCCCAUUAAUGGGAAAAUAUACUGGGAGUGCAAACAAGUACGUGGCAAACUGUGUAAAACGACAACUAUCACUAAAAUUUCUGAACAGAAAAUAAAUGUCGUACGAGAACCAACCCUUGAAGACCAUAAUUAUGUAUUCGAGUAUUCACGUAUUAUUCGGGAAGUACGAUAUUCGUGUAAAAUCAAUUAAUAGUAUUCGUGGAGUAUACCAUUCUGAAAAAAUUACCUUCGGAAAAAUAUUAAUAUAAAUAUAUUUAAUAAUUACUAUUAUAUUUCGUACAUUUUCCUCUUUUAUUGGGAAAAAUGCCGGGGAAAUCGAAAAAUGACUUCCUUUAACUACUAACCCAUACAAAUUUCCUUUCAGAAAAAGAUCUACAUCAUAUUACACUGAAGUAAAUAUUUUGGUAGAAAAAGUGUUCACAUAGAAAAAAAAAAUAAACCAAUACAAUCUUCGCUACUCUCAGAAUCUAAAAAUACAAACAAAUAUUACAUGACAAAAGAAUGCAGUUAUAAAAGAGAAAACUAUUCCGAUGUGAAACAUUUGAACUAAGAAAAAUAAAUUAAGUACCUACUAUGACAUGCAUGUAAUUUAUUUAAGUAUACAAAAUAUGCGAUCCACGUUUCCUCUAGAAUAGGCGUUUCGGAAUUACCGACCUGAGCUCAUGGAAAAUAAUAUUACGUAUUUUUUAUUCAAAUAGAAUUUAGUGUGAUAACCGUAGACUGUUUUUUUCGCAGUUAAUAGUACUGGACUAUAUGAGUAAUCGAACUGUGCUGCUAGUACAAUUAUUGUAACCGUAUUUAAAACUGCAUUUAUAGCGCUGCAUAAAGAAUAACUUUCAAUAGACGCUCCGAGGGAAAAAUUAUCAUGCAAGUAAUUCAAUUUAAAAACCAGAUUUUUUUUUUUUUAAAUUAUGAUUCAGGUUUUACUACGAUGGCUGUUUUAUUUAUUUUUUUUUUCCUAUCCGUUAAUAUCUAUUUUUUUUUUUUUUUAACAUUAGAGCAACAGUACAAGAACAAUGUAGAUUAUAAUAGUAUGACAUUUAAAAAUAUGAAUGUCUAUAAUGUGACUUUUUUUUGUGGGUAACAAUUGGCAGGCUUUUUGACAAUUUUAUUCAAGGUUUAACAUACAUUCUCUUUGUAGUACUAUAAAAUCUAUUGUUACGGAGUUAUUGUUAAAUGUUUUAAAUUUUGACAGAAUUCACAGAACUUUGACCGGUAUUUUAUUAGAAAAAGCCAGGCUCAACCUGGUUUAAAUAUUUUUCUCAAAGCCCGGUCCAGCCUAGAUUCUUUGUUAUUGUACAAAGGCACGGCCUGGUUUACAAAUAUUUUACAAAGCUCGGCCGGAUGUUUUCUUAUUAUUUUCGAAUAACUGUAAGAAAUAUUUAUUUGGUAAGUACUCUGUGAUAAAAUUGUCAGACUUGAACAGAAAUGCUUCAACAUUUAUCAGGAGGUUCGUUAAGAGUCUUGCUUUGUGAUAAAAAUAACAAUUUGAGUUUAAUGUAAUAUUUUUUUUUUUUAUAAAGUAAUUUUAGUAUCAAAUUUUGACGAAAAUUGUUUGAGCAAAAAGCUAUGUGGAACAAAUCUUAUUUUUUUAUUUAUUUUUUUUUUAUUUUUGAACAUAUGUAUAUUGCCGAUUUUAAAACGAAGUCGAUGUCAGAAUUAAACGGGCUGACUAAGUUUCGAAAUUAUACCUUUUUGAAGUUCUGAUAUUAUGCGAAUAUUAUAUGUUAUGUUAAAUUACUCUAUAUUGUCCUUAUUAAAGUAAAAUUUUCGUGAUCUAAUGGUUAUUUAUGCUUAUUAUCAUCCUAUAGAGAAACCAAAACAUUUCUCGUUUCGAGUAGAAUCUAAAAGAAUAUUCGCAUUUAAUAUUGUAUUUCAGAAUGGUUAGUGGUACGACGAAGACAGGCAGUAUCGAUUCUAGUGCGACCGAUAUGCAAUCGGAAAUUGUAUCUUUCUAUAACGGCACGAUGAUAUUUUUAACCGGCGCCACCGGAUUUAUGGGCAAUUUGAUUCUGGAAAAAAUACUGAGGUUAGUACCGUAAGGUUUUAAUUUAAGUUCUUAGUAAAAAUGUUUAAUAAUCAUUCAUUUGGCCGACUUUAAAAAUUAAUUAUCUUUGAAUUUCCAAAUCAUAUACUCUUAAUUUAAAAUUUAGAUAGUGAUGUGUAACUCCACCCUUAUUCAAGAACAUAUUAGCUGGAUUCCAAUGCGAGUACGCUGCACAAGUCAAAGUUCACUGACGAUCGUUUUUCGGUUUAAAUUAUUCAUCGUACCAACGACCCAUAUGCAAUCUGACCUUUAAAUUAUGCAAAACUAUAGCAGUUAACGCGCGCUUCUGACAAACACUAACAUUGCUAGUUAGCGAACGAAUUAAAAAAAAUAUGUAAAAUAGCCUUCUGCGUUAUUAAUAACGUAAGAAAUAACGACGAAAUACUAACAUACGUUUCGAUAUCAAUGUUUGAACUUCACAAAAAAAAAACAACUGGACAUACUUUGCACGAUGGGUAGGCCACGAACAUUUUAUCAUUAUUUAAAUGAUCAUUAUUAAUGUUAAUCAUUAUUGUUAAAUUUAUCCCAUAACUACGUCCUGCCAUAGGUUUUUUUUUUUUUUUUGGCUAUGAAAAUCUAUUAACUCUAUCGACCGAAUUAAAAACUGUAUCCCCUAAAAUCUGAUGUAUAUUUUAGGCCCUGAAUCAGCUGAUUCGGCUGUUUGUCGAAUUUAGAAUUUAUAUGGUUGUCCUCUGCGGUAUAUUUCUUAAAACUCAUUCCGGCCGUUUUUAAAUUGGCCGGCAAUAAAAUUUUCCCAAGUCCAUACAAAUUUAUGGUGUUGAAAUGGGGCAAUUUUUGGUAGUUUGUUGGGUAAAAUAUGAAACUGAUGAUUGAUUCUGAUACUUAUUAUGCUGCUGCUGCUGAUCAUUAUUAAUAUUUAAGUGAUGAUUAUUCUCAUUCUGAUUGCGCUGAUUAUUAUUAUCAUGUUUUUUUUUUGUUUUUGAUGCUUAUUAUGCUGCUGCUGAUCAAUAAAAUUAUUUAAAUGAUGAUUAUUCUUAUUUUGAUAAUGCUGAAUCUUACGAUCAUGUUUUUUUUUUUGUUUUGAUGAUGCUUAUUAAGCUGCUGCUGAUCAUUGUUAUUAUUUAAGUGAUGACUAUUCUCAUUCUGAUUACGCUGAUUAUUAUUAUUGUGCUGAUUAUUAUAUUGCACUGAUUAAUAAAAUAAAGUUUUUAUUUUUUGAUGAGUCUUAUUAUAAUUGUGCUGCUGAUCAUCAAUAAUAUUUAAGUGAUGAUUAUCCUUAUUCUGAUUAUGCUGAUUCUUAUUAUCUUGUUUAUUUUUUUAAUGAUUGUUAUUAUUAUUGUGCUGAUUUUUAUUAUGAUUAUUUAAGUGAUGAUUAUUCUUAUUCUGAUAACGCUGAUUCUUAAUAUCAUGUUUUUUUUUUUGGUUUUGACGAUGAUUAUUAAGCUGCUGCUGAUCAUUAUUAUUAUUUAAGUGAUGAUUAUUCUUAUUCUGAUAACGCUGAUUCUUAUAUCAUGUUUUUUUUUUUGAUGAUACUUAUUAUGCUGCUGCUGAUCAUUAUUAUUAUUUAAGUAAUGAUUAUUCUUAUUCUAAUAACGCUGAUUAUUGUUAUUGUGCUGAUUAUUAUAGUUAUGUUAUGUUUUAUUUAUUUGACGAUUAUUUUUAUUAUUUUGCAGAUUAUUAUUAAUAUUUAAGUGAUGAUUAUCCUUAUUCUGAAAAUGCUGAUUCUUAUUAUUUUCUUUAUUUUUUUAAUGAUUGUUAUUAUAAUUAUGCUGCUGAUCAUCAAUAAUAUUUAAGUGAUGAUUAUCCUUAUUCAGAUUAUGCUGAUUCUUAUUAUUUUCUUUAUUUUUUUAAUGAUUGUUAUUAUAAUUAUGCUGCUGAUCAUCAAUAAUAUUUAAGUGAUGAUUAUCCUUAUUCAGAUUAUGCUGAUUCUUAUUAUCAUGUUUUUUUUUUUUUUGGACUCUUAUUAUGAUGCUGCUGAUCAUUAUUAUUAUUUAAGUGAUGAUUAUUCUUAUUAUGUUUUUUUUUGUUGAUGAUUUUUAUUAUUAUUGUGCUGAUUAUUAUUAUUAUUAUUUAAGUGAUGAUUAUUCUUAUUCAGAUUAUGCUGAUUCUUAUUAUCAUGUUUUUUUUUUUUUUGAUGCUUAUUGUGCUGCUACUGAUCAUUAUUAUUAUUUAAGUGAUGUUUAUUCUUAUUAUGUUUUUUUGUUGAUGAUUAUUAUUAGUAUUGUGCUGAUUAUUAUUAUUAUUAUUUAAGUGAUGAUUAUUCCUAUUCAGAUUAUGCUGAUUCUUAUUAUCAUGUUUUUUUUUUGUUUUUGAUGCUUAUUAUGCUGCUGCUGAUCAUUAAAAUUAUUUAAGUGAUGAUUAUUCUUAUUUUGAUAACGCCGAAUCUUACGAUCAUGUUUUUUUUUUUGAUGAUGCUUUUUAUGCUGCUGCUGAUCAUUAAAAUUAUUUAAGUGAUGAUUAUUCUUAUUUUGAUAACGCUGAAUCUUACGAUCAUGUUUUUUUUUUUGAUGAUGCUUAUUAUGCUGCUGCUGAUCAUUAUUAUUAUUUAGGUGAUGAUUAUUCUUACUUUGUUAAUGCUGAUGCUUAUUAUCAUGUUUUUUUUUUUUUUUUAUGAUGCUUAUUAUGCUGCUGCUGAUUAUUAUUAUUAUUUUAUUGAUGAUUAUUCUCAUUCUGAUUAUUCUGAUUCUUAUUAUCAAGUUUAUUUUUUUGGUUUAUUGCUUAUUAUGCUGCUACUGAUCAUUAUUAUUAUUUAAGUGAUGAUUAUUCUUAUUCUGAUAACGCUGAUUCUUGUUAUGUUUUUUUUGUUGAUGACCAUUAUUAAUAUUUAAGUGAUGAUUAUUCUUAUUCUGAUAACGCUGAUUAUUAUUAUAAUUUAAGUGAUGAUUAUCCUUAUCUCGUUUCCAGUCUACCAUAACUUACUUCAUGACAUAAAUUAUUAAGCGAAUCAUUUUUUUUUCCUAGUUAUUGCCACGGUAAAAGAACCAAUUCCCGGAUGGAUCAACAAUUUCUACGGGCCAACAGGAGUGGUCGCAGCUGCUGACAUAGGCCUUAUGAGGGUCAUGCUUUCCAAACCCGACGGAAUAGCCGAAAUGGUGCCCGCAGACUACUUCAGCAACGCGGUGUUGGCCUGCGCUUGGGACUUUCACAAUAAAUGGUAAACAUUUCCGAAAUUACGCUUAAACACGAUCCCGGUGUUAUAAUGUAUUCUCUACAAAAUCUGCAGUGAAGGAUAAAUUAUAAUCAACCAUUAUCAAAAUAUUUAAAAUUACAUUUCAUGUAACAAAUAAAAAAAAUGAUUAUUUAUAAUGAUGUAAUUUCAAAUGUAACAUUACGUUGUAUUUUGAUUUAAAAAAUUAGGCGUUAUAAAUAAUUUGUUUUUUAGAUUCUGUUUUUCCCUUCAUAAACUAUUUUUCUUAUUUUUCUGGCAAGAUUUCAAAGAUAUACAUUUUUCAUCCGGUAAUUUUUAUUUGAAUCAUUUAUCUAGAUUUCCAACGGUUUUUCUCCACCGGAUUUAAACAAAUUGAACAAUUGAACACGAACGAUACAUAUUAUGAAUUAUAUUUUUGUAGAAUUCUGGAUUAUGUUGACUACAAAGGACAAACACAUUAACAAUGUGAUUCAAAUACACAAUCAAUUUUAUUUUAAAUUAGGUCCCCUUAGUUUUAUAAAAACUUAAUACGUUAUGUAAGGAAAAAUUAAAUUUACAUAAUAAUUUCGUCACAAUUGCGUUACGUGGAAAAAAGUAAUUUAAUUACUGCUAAUUACUUCUUUUUAACUCCAACUAUUAUGGACAUAUGGCAUCAAACUACAGGGAACCGCAAAACCUUCUAUAAUAUCUGUACAAUAUUCCAAAAAUUCCAAACACACGGCGCGAUUGAAAAAUCUUCCAUGCGGUGUGCAUGUAGAAAUUCCACCUUCACCAUUUCCGUGCAUAAUCCGCAAUAUUAUGCCUAGAAAAUUCGUUUUUUUAAAUAUAAAAUAAUAUUAUUUCUCAUUAUAAUUUGGGAUCGACUUAAUAAGUAUACUGCUGUGUUUUGAAUUUCACUAAUUACAUAUAGGAACCAGCACAACGAGAAAACUACGAUUAAAGACGAUUGCUGCAGUCUGGACAACAAACAUUUUUCGCCGCUUAUUUACAAUUACGUGUCUUCGAACACGAACCCAAUUACUUGA